ACUCACCUGCCUUUGCUGGGCCAGGUUUACACCUGCCUGCUCUGUCCCCAGCGUUUCCAGGAUGCACAGCAGCUCACCCAGCACAUCCGGGUCCACUAGGCUGAAAGGACUUCCCUUGAUCGUGCAGGCAAUGGGCUCCAUGGAAGCUCUCGUUUCUGGCACAGGCGGUGGGGGCCUGGGCCUGGCCUCACUGCCUACCUGCUGUGGGACCCGAGGGACGUGAUCUCUCUCUGCUUAGGUUUCCUCAUUCCUGAAAUAGGGAGUGGCUUGUGGUCUCUGAACCUUUAUAGAAUCACCGACCCAAUCUGGAACUCAGUUUUCCCAUCUGUAAGACGGGAAAGAGUUCCGAUUCCAUGAUCACAGUGAAUCCAGACAUCAGAAUGUACAGUGUUGUGUAGUUAAUGCACAGAUGCCAGAUAAUGGUAGCACAUAUCGCUCCAUUAACUUCUCUGUAGCACUCGUGGUGCCUGCUGUGACGGACUCAAAUGUUUGUUUUGAUUAUUACUGGGUAGUGCGGCAACCCCAAGGACCUAGGAACCUUUCUCUGGGUGUGAGUUUCCAGCCGGAGUGCUUUCCUGGGGGCACCCCCAGCGCCGCCUGAGUCCGGAAGAGGCGGCCUUCAGCUCGGGAAGUCGGAGCCGACGCCAGAACUCGUCUCUGCGGACGCUUCCGGACCCGAAAGUUUGCCGAACCCGGUCUCUCCAGCCACCUCUCAGCUGCGCAGAAGCCAUGCGUGGCGGUGGUCCUGGACGCGCGCCGGGCAUAGGACGCCUCCGCAGCGCAGGCGGUCCUGCGGGACAGCUCCGGGACCGGUGCCGCAGUAACCCUCUCUCCUCUCUGCCGCUCCCAGCUGCCCCGCAGAGUCUGCUGCCACCGCCCCCGGCGCCCCAGCUCCGGCACUGCCCCGAGGCCAUGGACCCGCCGACCCCACCGCCGGCCGCUGCGCCCUCCCCACCGCGCCACUACCUGCUCAUCGACACGCGCGGCGUGCCCUACAAGUACACGGCGCAGGUGGAGCACGAGCGGCGCGCGCCGCCGCCGCCGCCCGAGGAGCUCACCCCGGGCGAGGGCUACGACUGCCCCGAGUGCGGCCGCGUGUGGCGCACCAUCGGGCAGCUGCGGCACCACCUCGUGGUGCACUCGCCGUUCAAGCCCUACGUGUGCAACGUCUGCGGGCGCGGCUUCAAGCGCACCAACAACCUGUACAAGCACCGGCGCGAGGUGCACGGCGCUCCGGCCCGCGCCCGCAGCGACCGGCCUUACGCCUGCGGACUCUGCUCGCGCCGCUUCCAGGACGAAGUGGCCCUGGCGGAGCACGAGAACCAGCACUAGGGCGCGCGCCCCGCAGGCCUCGCUUUCCUCGUCUGCCCGGUGGGAAGUGUCACGCCUCCCUGCUCCGUAGCUGGACAUGUCUGAUCUCCUGUACAAUUUAAUAAUAUAUUAAAUCUCGAUACCUGGCAA